AUGAACCCAUCCGAGAAACUGGGAACUGGUCCUUUCCUGGAUAACGCCCGCCGUCCCCUCAGCCUGCUGGUGGGCAACCUGGGUCUGGCUGACCUGCUGUACGUCAGCACGCUGCCCUUCCUCGUCAGCUACUACCUGCGGGACAGAGCCUGGCUCUUCGGGCAGGGCUGGUGCCGCGUCACCCGGGGCCUCUUCCACCUCAACCUCUACGCCAGCAUUUGCUUCCUCACCUGCAUCAGCGUCCACCGCUACCUGGGCAUUGUGCACCCGCUGAAGGCACGGGGCAGGUGCCAUGGCGCAACGUCUUCGGCAUGGCUCAGCGCGACGGUCUGGGCGUGGGUCAUUGCACAGGUAGCUCCCGAUUUUGCCUUCAGCAAGAUGGACAACACGGGGACGCGGUGCCAUGACACGACGGGCCAUGAGAACCUUGGCGUUUACUUGCCAUACACCACAGCUGUCACCGUGACAGGGUUCAUCAUCCCGUUCCUCAUCAUCAUCGGAUGUUACUGCCACGUGGUGGUGGUGCUCUGCAGGAAUGACACCAUGGACCUCAGGCUCAGGAGAAGAAGCAUCAGACUGGUGAUUCUGGUGAUGGUCCUCUUCUCCAUCUGCUUCCUCCCCUACCACAUCUUCAGAAACCUCAACUUGUUGUCUCGAGGCUGGCAGCUGCAUGGGUCCUGCACACAAGCUUCAAAGAACAUCUACGUGUCCUACCAGGUGACCAGGGGCCUGGCCAGCUUCAACAGCGCCCUCAACCCCCUGCUCUACGUGAUGACCAGCAAAGACUGUAUGUCACAUAUGAGGGCCAUCCACCAAAGAGCCAGCCAGUCCCUGGGGUCCACCUUUGGGAGAAAAACCUCCUGCCAGGCGGAUGAGAGGAAGAUGAGCAUCAUUCUUUGUGAGGAGGAAGCUUCUGAUGAGCUCUAA